AUGACAGUGUUGGAUGAGUCGAUGGGGUGUAUGCUGAGGCAGCACAACGAGUCUGGGAAGAGGGAAUGGGUCGUCUAUUACUUAAGAAAGAAGUUCACUACCUAUGAGAUGAAUUACUCUCUGCUUGAAAGGACGUGUUGUGCCUUGGUGUGGGUAGCCCAUCGUCUAAGGCAGUACAUGCAAAGCCACACCACUUGGUUGGUAUCCAAGAUGGACCCAGUCAAGUACAUUUUCGAGAAACCCACUCUCACCGGAUGGAUCGCUCAGUGGCAGGAAGGGGUGGAGGAUGAAGAUAGGGAUAAGUGGAUCGUGUGGUUCGAUGGCGCGUCUAACACCCUAGACCAUGGAGUUGGGGCAGUUUUGGUCACUCCCAACAAUCAAUGCAUACCCUUCACGGCAAAGUUGGGCUUCAAUUGCAUAAAUAAUAUGGUUGAAUAUGAGGCAUGUGCCCUUGGGAUCCAAGCAACAAUUGAGUUCAAUGUCAAAUUGCUCAAAGUAUACGGAGACUCAACCUUGGUGAUCCAUCAAUUGAAAGGAGAAUGGUAG